UUUUAAAUGUUGAAUAUAGCGUAUAGCGAAAAUGAUCAAAUAGGCAAAUCUGUGUUAACCUAAAAAGAGAAGCAAGAAGAAGAUGAUCGGCGUCGGAAAGGCCAAGCAGUACGGUAACGUCCUUGACAAGCCCCUCGCCAAGGGCAAGCAAGAGGUUAGUUUGAGUGCAUUCGCGUUCUUGUUUUCAGAGCUUGUUCAGUACAACCAAACGCAGGUCGAUAACAUUGGGGAACUCGAACGAAGACUGGAGGAUGCUGGAUAUGCGGUUGGGGCACGAGUUCUUGAGCUGCUUUGCCACAGAGAUAAGGGAAACAGAAGAGAGACACGGCUGUUGGGUAUUCUUUCUUUUGUACACAGUACAGUGUGGAAAGUACUAUUUGGAAAGGUAGCUGAUUCACUGGAGAAAGGAACCGAACAUGAAGAUGAAUACAUGAUUAGUGAAAAAGAGCUUCUAGUAAACAAAUUCAUUUCUAUCCCAAAGGACAUGGGGACGUUUAACUGUGGAGCAUUUGUUGCUGGAAUAGUACGGGGCGUUUUGGACGGUGCCGGAUUUCCGGCUGUUGUAACUGCGCAUUUUGUGCCUAUGGAAGGUCAACAACGACCACGGACGACAAUUUUGAUAAAAUUUGCUGAAGAGGUGCUACAAAGAGAAGCAAGAUUAGGCUGAUAUUUAUACCAAGAAUUUUUAAUUAUGAUAUCUGUAAUGCUGUACACCACCAUAGAAAGAUGUGGAACUUACACCACUGCAUGUGAAAAAGUAAUUUAGGAUUUUCACUACCCUAUUGAUUUCUCUGAACUCAGUGAUUUUUAUUCUGAUGUAUGUUAUGGUCGGAAUUAUCCUUACUGAAUUACAUUGUACAAAAAAAUCUCCUGUUCGUGUUGAUGCUAUUA